GUUUAGGGAGCGUCGAUGAAUUCCGUUCCUGAGGAAACUUAGGGAUCCGAUGCCAAGUAUUACUGCAAGCGUCAUCUUCAGCUAUUCACUUCCGUAUUACUUGCGUUUUCCAGUGACUACAACAGGAGGCUGGGUUGCGUCUCAAGAUUGUCAUUACAUUAUUUUUUUUUUCAAGCUUCCACAGAGAAACCAAUCCCGGCUUCUGCUGUUUUUUUCUGACAGGCAGUGGCGUAGCCAGCUUUGUUUCCCAUCAUGCUCGUUGGCACAGGGAGCUGAGUGGACCCUUGUGAGAGAUCAGAUGCUGCUGCUGCUGGAGCCGCUACUUUAGUGGAAGAAGAGAGCAGCGGGUCAGGGAAAGAGGGAGAGGCAGGAAUUCCCGGGACACAGACAGCAGCAGCCAUGCCUCUCUUUACAUCCAACCCAUUUGAUCCUGAUGUAGAGAAAGCAACUAGUGAACUGAACACAGCCGAGGAUUGGGGACUUAUCCUGGAUCUUUGUGAUAAAGUUGGUCAGUCGCGAACAGGACCUAAAGACUGCCUGCGGUCCAUAAUGAGGAGAGUGAACCAUAAGGAUCCCCAUGUGGCAAUGCAAGCCCUUACUUUACUCGGUGCCUGUGUUUCAAACUGUGGAAAGAUCUUUCACUUAGAAGUAUGCUCCAGAGAUUUUGCAAGUGAAGUCAGCAGUGUUUUAAAUAAGGGACAUCCAAAGGUGUGUGAGAAGUUAAAAGCUCUGAUGGUGGAAUGGGCUGACGAGUUCAAGAAUGACCCGCAACUGAGUUUAAUAUCAGCUAUGAUAAAGAAUCUCAAGGAGCAAGGAGUCACUUUCCCUGCAGUUGGCUCCCAGGCUGCAGAUCAAGCAAAGGCCAGUCCUGCAUUAGUCGCUAAAGACCCUGGAACAGCAGCAACUAAGAAAGAAGAAGAGGAUCUUGCAAAAGCAAUAGAAUUAUCACUAAAGGAGCAAAAGCAACAAAGCACCGUUUCAGGUCUAUAUCCAAGCUCCAGCCUCCUGAGCGCACUCAAACCUGAGGGGAGAAAAGUGCAGGCCAUUUAUGACUUUGAGGCUGCUGAGGACAAUGAAUUGACCUUUAAGGCAGGUGACAUAGUUACGGUGCUGGAUGACAGUGACCCCAACUGGUGGAAAGGCGAAACUAAUGAAGGAAUUGGACUCUUUCCCUCUAAUUUUGUCACAGCCGACCUUACUGCUGAGCUGGAGAUGAUAAAAACUGAGAAGAAAACUGUACAGUUCAGUGAUGAAGUUCAAGUAGAGACCAUUGAGCCAGAACCUGAGCCAGUUUACAUUGAUGAGGAUAAAAUGGAUCACUUACUACAAAUGCUUCAGAGUGCAGAUCCAACAGAUGGUUUGCCUGAUCCUACAGAUUUACUUCAUCUGGAAGCUGCUUGCCAUCAGAUGGGACCAUUAAUAGAUGAAAAACUUGAAGACAUUGACAGGAAACACUCUGAACUCUCGGAGCUAAAUGUUAAAGUAAUGGAAGCACUCUCAUUAUAUACCAAAUUAAUGAAUGAGGAUCCAAUGUAUUCUAUGUAUGCAAAGAUGCAGAACCAACAGUUUUACAUGCAGUCAGCUGCUGUUCCACCUCAACAGUCCUAUCAGGGCCCCCAUCCGAACGCUGCCUAUCUUGUUACAGGGAAUGCGCAGAUGGGUCAUAUUCAGACCUACCCAAUCCCGACAGAACAACUUCCUUCUCUAAAUCAGGGAGCCGUUCCACAUCCUGCAAGCAAUGAGCUGCCCAGCCAGUCCCCACAAGCUUCCUAUAAUACCACAGUGAUUAGUUCUACACCAGGAAAUCUAUAUAUGAACCAGGCUACAGGACAUAGCCUGAAUCCUGCCGCCAGCGCUGCUCCCAUCGAUAUCACUGCUUAUCAGAACGGAAUCGGUGCCCCCCAGGUACAAAACUACACACUAACCUCAUCGGGAAGUGUCGAUCAUCAACAGUGCGAUGCUCAGAAUGCUCUCCUAUAGGACUUUAAGCUCUGGACUUUGUAUAUUAAUAUUUCAAUGAAACCCACAAUGUGACCUCUUAUGUCCCUGUAACCAUGUCUUUUUCCAUAUAGAAACAGUUUUAAAAUGUAGUUCAAAAUUCUGUCGUGCACUAAUUUUCCAGCUUUAUUUACCUACGGAACACUAAAAUUGGGAAGAAUACAACAAUUAAAUGGACCAGCAUGGAGCUUGCAUAUUUAAAAACAAAAAGUCACACUUUCAUGGUGGGCAAAUGGCAAUGUUCUGUGUUUUGUGAUCACAAUAAUAUGCUCAUUGGUUUCAGCUCCAAUAGCAACCUCUCUUCCCCAUGCACUAUGACAAAAUAUAACGUGGUGAUCUUUUAUCUGUUAAAUAUUAAGAAUAUCAGCGUAAUUAUCCUUGUAAUCACAUUCUGUGGAACAAAGUAGGAGGCGCAGUAAUGUGCGACACCUCCUGUUAAUGUGAAACAAGAUAUUAUGGAUGUCACCGUGAUGCAGUGCGUAAUUAAGAUAUAAACACAAGCAAUGAGUUUGUCAUUCAGUUAUUUUAUCUUUUGCUUAAAGGGGUCUAGAGCUUGAUUAAACUAAAAAUGCCCAUUUCAGGGAAUGUAUGAGUCCAACUGUCUGAGGUACAGAAUUGAGGAUUCCUACUGACAGAGUUGAGGCAGAUCUUUCUUUUCUGCUCAGGCAUAGGGCAUGCUUGGCCUGCUCUGGCUGCUGUCAGGCUGCAGGACUUAGGGAUUAGUACACAGUAGCAGAAAGUCAUGUCUGACAAAUUCACCUUUUCAUUCAAACUGGCUAAGAGUUAGUGUUUGUGCCUUUUACUAAUCUGGAUUCCAAGUUUCCUAAGACUCAAAAAGACUCUACCCGCAACCCAUUCAUCUAGGAGCAACACACAAAGUCUGCUCCCUAUCUUACAAAGCUAAUAGAUAGGCAGCUGGCAUGGAUACUGCCGACUUCAGUGUUUCCCCAACUGGAAUUUAAGAUAGACCCAGGCAUUUCAAGUUUACAGAGGCAUAAACAGACUCACUAAAUAAUAACUGUCUAUGGUAUCUUACAGCAGCCCCUCUGGCAUUUCACCACAUGCUUGAACAAAAGCCAGAGCAGUCUGCAACAUACAUCUGAGCUCAUCACAAGUAAGCAGUCCGACAUGCAUUUUUUAUAAAAAGUUAACCAAUAAAUCUUUUCCACUCAGUCUCCUAAACUAAAUACAUCAACAUUUGAAUGAUAUCCCUUAUUGAGGGAGGUUACUGUUAAAGUGCAUGGAAUAUCUCCAUUGAAAGAUAGAUGAAUAUGGGACUGUGGGUAUGGGACUAUGGGAUCACUACUUUCUUCUUGCUGACAGCAGGGGUCACACUGCAAUGAAUAAAAUUACCCAGAACCUUCUAAAGUAAGCACCUAAAAUGGGGCUUAGUCUCAUGUGAUCUGCUAGCAAACUAAUUCGUUUGAAUUCAUUAUUCACAUUUGCAUAAAGAAUAGUAUAUCAUCCAUAUGUGUCACAUUGACCUUUACAUUCAGUCUUUUUGCAGCUCUCUGCUGCAUGCGUUUUAUGUAACCUAAAAAGGAAUUAAUAGAUUGAACACUUUAUCCUUAUUUGGGAUAAAAAUGUUUUUCACGUAUGUCGGCUCACUUUCAGCUUAUGAUUUGAUAUUUUACAAAUAUCCCUAAAUGUAAUUUAGAGCAAUUCAGAACAAACUGAGCAUGUGCAUGCCUCAGACACUCGGGGUAGGGCCAACCAAGAAAGAUGAGGCAAUGCUGGAUGCAAGUUUAGAGGCAUGGAUAGCUACUAUGUCAAUGGUAGCCAUAUUGUUGUGUUGCUACACUAAGGGGGAGAUUUAUAAAGACCCGAACGGGUCAGAACGCGGCGAGCGGAUUCGUGCCCGAUUUUUUCGAGCAGCCGCGGCGUUUUCGCGCGGGCGCACGAAAAAGUCGUGCGAAAAGUCGUGCCGCUGUUUGCAAUGGUUUGGUACGAAAAUUACGUGACUUUCGGAUCGCCAAUACGAUUUUUUCCUGACUAAUACGAUUUUUUCGUAAGCAUUUUCGGGAUAUUUGCGAUCUUCAGAAAUUUUCGUUUCCAAUCCGAAUUUUUCCCAUUCGGGAUUCGAACUCGGGUUUUGAUAAAUCUGCCCCUAAGUCCAUUGAACUUUUACUCUAUUCUUUUUUAGGCUUUAGUUGUCUUUUAGAAAUCUUUAAAAUGACCAGCUAGAAGUACUUACACCAAAGAAAGAGGUUUGAUGAGACUGAUAUUCCAUUGGUCAGUAUAAUACAGUAUGGCAGCGGUUCCUAAACUGUGGGGCUGGUUCCCCUAGUGGGGUGUAGAGCUGUGGCUAAAGGAAAGGUUAGCCUAUUAGGUUGAGAUUUGGGGAGAUUGCUUUUUGCUCUUCUAGAUCCACUUUUUUUGGCUUGAAGGUAAGUUAGGGGGAGAUAUUAAAUGACCACAUGAACUUUUUUUUAGAUAUUCUUGGAAUUAUGGCUGAAUGGCUCCUAAGGUGGUGUUUUCUGUAUCGCUAGUUAUGAGCUUACAGGGCAUGGCCAAAAAGGGGAGCUUAAACUGAGAGUCAGAAACCAUUGCAGUGUGGUUAGGAUUUUAACUCCUUAAUACAGUAUGAGACAAAGGGACAAAAAAGGUUCACCCAUUCCAACCUUUUUUUAUUUUGUAACAACAAAUUUUAUUGUGAUUUUUUUUUUAAUUGAAGCCUACACUUGUAUAUAGGUUUAAUACACUGUUGUAUAGAAAUGUUUAAUUUAGUAAAUAAGUUAUUUCUUGGCUUGGGUAGACAGGCUGCAUGUUGCCCUUACACCAACCCCUUCAUCCGUUUCAUCAGAGUAUUUGUUACUUUUAAAUUCUAGAAUAUUGGCCUGUAAGGAAAAGCUAUCCAUGCAUUGGUAAAGCACUACUAAUAUUUUUAUAUGCCCUUUUUCUUAGUGAUGUGCAAUCACCCUAACGACCCUUCUCAAUAUGAGCCUUAAACUGCCCUGAGUUUGAGAAGGGACCCUUAGCCAACGUCAGGUGAUGUCAGGGGCCUCCAGUAAUGCCGCACCACCAAGGAAGGGGCUAACUACUUAGAGCCCAGCAGUAGUGCACAAAUGAAGAGCUGCUGCAACUGGGUAUUGGUGACCUCCACCUGAAGUGAUUUUAGUGUGCUGGUAAUGUGCAAAGCUUAGUUUAUUUCAUAAUGCAAAAUGGAACCCCUUUAUACAGUCCAGCCCCAAACCCUUCUAACAAAGAACUUCUAAAAUUUAUCCAUUUCCCUCAUACUUCAUAAUAAAAAGCAGAGUAGUUGAGUGGGGUUGGCAGCUGCCACCUUUGGCUGCUUAACUUUCUCCCUGACUGUAUGGCAUCCAGGAGCAUGGAGCCAGGACCGGAGCAGUACCAGAAAAGCUUCAACUGCACAUGCUUCUGGUUGCCAUUUCCUGCCAGCGAGCCAGGAAGAGGAAGUCAAGUAGCCAGAGAUGGAAGCCACCAACCGUGCUUAUAUGCUUUUAUAUGCCAUAUUCCCAUGAAUGGGUGGUGUGGUUCAGGAUGGAGAGGCCUUAGCAGUGGACUGAAUUGGUAUAAGGUGACUCCAUUCUCUUUUAAUAACAUAAUUAGUAUUGAAUAUCGGACAGUUGGAGUAAUUAAAUACCUAUCUAAUUUGAGUUUUUAUCAGAAGUUUAUAUUUAUUUGACAUUGUAGCAUUUUGCAGAGUGACAACAGGAAGGACAUAAAUCAUGUAUAGGGUAUUCAGCGCAGACAAUGUUAGUAUUGUUAAGGUAUGUGGGUGAAGUUAAAUAGAAAGCUCUCUAGAAGAUUCAUAAGGAAAGUUCUCUGCAGGUUUAGUUGUUUUAUGUUAGAAAUUUGGUUUUAAACCAUGUAUUCACUUCCAUUUAAAACAUGACUGUCUAUGUUGAUGCCUUCAUCCUGCCCAAAGGUUAAUUAGGCUUCUCUGGCGUAAUUUAAUUAUAUCCUUGACCACUACCAUAUAAAGAAUUAGAUCAUUGGUCCGUGAAAUGGAAAAAAAAAACAGAAAUUCUCUGGAACAGUAUUCAGCAUUGAGCAUAAGCUUAGAAGAGAGGGGGCAAUAUGUACAAUAUGUAUUUCAGCUUCAUGAAAACUUCUUUAUUAUAGGACUUGGGUUUUUACACCUACAGGCAACAUGCCGUGCACCUUAGCUGUUACUUUUGUUUUCAGGAAAGCUGCUCAUACAUGGAAUAAAUGCAUUUCACUACCAUUUAUGUAUUAUUAUAUGUUGCAAACUGCUCUCUGGAAUAAUCUCAUUUUUUAUUAUGUUAUAAAAUAAAACUGGAUACCUGGAAA